UCAGCCUCCAUUAAUAGCGUGAGAGUGGAAGCAGUGCAUACGGUGUCCACGAAAGAUUCUGUGUUAGCGGCUUUACUUUUCGAUUGUGAUAUAUUAGAAUGGAUAGCUCGCAAAAGGAAAGCGUCACACAACAAAUCAAGCAGCAAGGAGAGGUGGUGAGACGUUUGAAGGCCGAGAAAGCUCCAAAAGAAAAGAUUGAUGAGGAAGUGGCUAAACUGCUGCAGUUGAAGGCACUUCUUGCAGAUGAUGAACCUCAUAAGUUUGUGCUGAAGACACCAAAGGGGACUAAGGAUCAUGGACCAGCAGAAAUGGCAAUGCGUGAGCAUGUCUUCAGCACCAUCACCUCAUGUUUCAAGAGACACGGAGCAGAGGCUCUCGAUACUCCAGUAUUUGAACUCAAGGACACACUUACUGGAAAGUAUGGUGAAGAUACGAAGCUUAUCUAUGAUUUAGCGGACCAAGGUGGAGAAAUCCUGUCACUGCGAUAUGACCUGACUGUGCCCUUUGCUCGAUACUUGGCCAUGAACAAAGUGACGAACAUCAAGCGGUACCACAUUGCCAAAGUAUACAGGAGGGACAACCCUGCAAUGACCAAAGGACGCUACCGCGAGUUCUAUCAGUGUGAUUUUGACAUUGCUGGUCAAUAUGACCUUAUGCUCCCAGAUGUAGAAUGUGUGAGGAUAGUAACAGAAAUUCUGAAGGCUCUCAAGCUUGGUGACUUUGUAGUAAAGGUCAAUCAUAGGGAAGUUCUGAACGGUAUGUUUGAGCUGUGUGGUGUUCCACCUGAGAAGUUCAAGACAAUCUGCUCUGCUGUAGACAAACUAGAUAAGUCACCAUGGGAAGAGGUGCGGAAGGAGAUGGUAGAAGAAAAGGGACUUUCUGAAAUAGCCGCUGAUAAGAUCGAGAAGUUUGUUGUCAGAAAUGGUGGCCGUGACCUUGUCACUGCUCUGCAAGAAGAAGAACUUUACAAAAAUGCUGCAGCAAAACGUGGGCUCGAUGAGCUAGACCUGUUCCUCCAUUACUGUUCGCUAUACAACAUCAGUGACAAGGUGCUGUUCGACAUGAGCCUGGCACGUGGUCUUGACUAUUACACAGGGGUCAUUUAUGAAGCCGUACUGAAAGACUCCAGCCCUUCGCUGGGUGAUGGACCAGACGCAUCCAAGGAAAGCACAUCCGUAGGGAGUGUGGCUGCGGGAGGCCGUUACGACACCCUCGUAGGCAUGUUCGAUUCUAAAGGUCGGAAUGUCCCCUGCGUCGGAAUCAGUAUUGGUGUCGAGCGCAUCUUCACUAUCCUUGAGAGGAAAGCUGAGGCUGAACAGACAAAAGUGCGGACCACUGAGACUGAAGUGUACGUAGCAUCGGCACAAAAGAACCUCGCUACAGAAAGGAUGAAGAUAUGCGCCGACCUCUGGGACAAGGGCUUCAAGGUCGAACAGCCCUACAAACUUAAUCCAAAGUUGUUAGUGCAGCUGCAGUAUUGUGAAGAGAAAGGCAUUCCACUGGCAAUAAUUAUUGGAGAGUCCGAACUGCAGAAGGGAAUCGUGAAGCUACGCAAGGUCACAACGAGGGAAGAGUUUGAAGUUCCAAGGGACAAGCUGUGUACAGAACUAAGGAAUUAUCUGAAGAACAUGGGCAGCUCAUAGACGUCUCUCGGUUUCGAUCUUCCACAGGUUGUGGUGUCUACCAGUGUGCACCACCACUGGAACAAUGUUGGUUAUUUAUUUUGGUUGCUUUUUAUAAAUAUAGAUGCUAAAAAAAUGGC